AUGAAUGAGAAAAGAAUUGCUUCACAAUCACGAAACAAUAAAAUAAAAUGGUGGUUACGUAACAUUCUUUGUCCUUUACUAUUUACAAUAAUAUCAUUCAAAUUAAGAUUGCAAGAUAUCGAUGCUAAUAAAUCCGUGGUUUGGGAUGAAGCACAUUUUGGUAAAUUCGGCUCUUAUUAUAUUAAACACGAAUUUUAUCAUGAUGUUCAUCCACCUUUAGGUAAAAUGUUAAUUGGCCUAAGUGAAUGGCUAGCAAACUUUGAUGGAAAUUUUGAAUUUGAAUCAGGUUCAACUUAUCCUUCCGAGGUUAACUACAAGGUUAUGAGACAAUUUAAUGCUAUCUUCGGUUCUUUAUGUGUACCUGUAACUUAUUAUACAACUUUAUGGAUGAAUUUUAAAUUUUUAACAACGUUAUUGAUCACUAUAAUGAUUACUUUAGAACAUUCAUAUAUUGUUUUAUCAAAAUUUAUUUUACUAGAUUCAAUGUUAUUAUUUUUCACUUUGACAACUUUCGCUUGUCUUUGUAAACUUAAUAGUUUAAGAGAUCAACAAAUGACUAAAAAAUGGUCACUUUGGUUAUUAUUAACAGGUAUUAAUAUUGGUUGUGUUUGUUCAGUUAAAUGGGUGGGUUUAUUCAUCACUGUAAUUGUUGGAUUAUACACUAUAAUCGAUUUAUAUCGUCAUUGGUGCAAUAAUCAAUUGGGUAGACUCACUUAUUAUAAACAUUGGCUUCUUCGUAUAAUUUAUUUGAUCACCAUUCCAUUUUUAAUUUAUUUAUUCUGUUUUAAGAUUCAUUUCCAAUUACUUUAUAAAUCAGGAACAGGUGAUUCUUCAACAAAUACUUUAUUUCAAGUAAAUUUGGAAGGUACAAAGAUUAAACAAGGUCCUAGAAAUUUAUUGUUUGGUUCACAUUUUACAAUGAGAUCACAUGGUCUAAGUCCAAAUUUAUUACACUCUCAUCCUCAAUUAUACCCCGACGGUUCUCAUCAAAGACAAAUUACAGGUUAUGCUCAUUUCGAUAAUAAUAAUGUUUGGGAAUUUCAAUUUAUUAGAGGUCAAAAAUUUGAUUUAGGAAAAUUAUAUUUAAUUAGUGAUGGUGCAGAAGUUAGAUUAAUUCAUAAUAAUACUCGUUCUAAUUUACAUUCUCAUAAAGUACCAUCUCAUGUUUCUCGUGGUAAUUGGGAAGUUUCAGGUUAUGGGAAUGAUGCAGAUGGUGAUGAUCAUGACAAUUGGGUCAUUGAAAUUGUAGAUCAAUUACCUUCUGCUAAUCCCAAUUAUCCAAAGGAAGAUGAUAACCUUGUACAUCAAUUUUCGACUUUCUUUAGAUUAAGACAUAAAUCCUUAGGCUGUUAUUUAACCUCAACAGGGUUAUCAUAUCCAGCUUGGGGAUUUUCACAAGCUGAAAUUGUUUGUAAAAAUUCAUGGAGUAAAAGAGAUAAAUCUACUUGGUGGAAUAUUGAAGAACAUUGGAAUGAAAACCUUUCAAUAGAUGAAGAUUAUUUACCGCCAAAAUCUAAAUUUUGGACAGAUUUCAUUUUGAUAAAUUUUGCAAUGGCAUCUUCAAAUAAUGCUUUAGUUCCUGAUCCAGACAAAUUCGAUAGUAUUGCAUCUGAUGCUUGGGAAUGGCCUGUAUUGCAUAGAGGUCUACGUUUAUGUGCAUGGUUAAAAGAUACUCACAGAUAUUAUUUAUUAGGAUCUCCAUUCAAUACAUGGAUAUCUACAUUAUCAAUCUUUGUGUUUUUUGGAAUCAUGAUUAGAAUUGCAUAUAAAUGGAGAAGACAAACUCUCCUUUUAACAGAAAAUGAUUUUUGGUCAUUAUUAAUACAAGCAAUAUUACCAUUUUGCGCAUGGUUAUCUCAUUAUUUACCUUUUGCUAUAAUGGGUAGAGUCACUUAUGUUCAUCAUUAUGUUCCAGCAUUAUAUUUUGCCAUUUUAAUUUUUGGUUUCGUCGUGGACUAUACGUUUGGUUCAUCAAGAUCGUACAUCAAAUACCCUGUAUAUCUAACCUUAAUGGGUGGUUGUAUCUAUAUUUAUAUUCUAUUUGCUCCAAUAUGUCAGGGUCUUCAAGGGCUAGGUGCAAAAUAUUUGAAAUUACAAUGGUUACGUACAUGGGAUAUCGUCAUUUAA